AUAAAUCGGCCCGCGCGAUGAGCGAGUAGGCAGUCGUAAAGAGUUUUUGCAGCCGUUCAGUAGUCAACGCAGCAUAAAAGAUCGAAAAGCCGACGACGGACGUUUUGUGGAUCGUUGAACCAAACAAGAAGAACGCCAAACGCUAGUCAGCUGGUCCAGCCAAACCAACUUGAUACACGGACAUACAUACAUAUAUAUAUAUAUAUGUGUGUAUACAUAUACUAAAUCUGUGUAGUGCCUUCGGAGUAUAUAGUAUAUAAAAUCAUAUAUAAAUCUAUACAAAUAAAUGCCGACUGAUUUGUGUUGAUAUCCGCGCGAACGCAUAAUUGACGUCGAGACGCCGUAAAAGUGUCUAUUUUUGUAAAAAAUAAAAAUUGUUGCAAAUGAAAAAUCACUAAGGUCGCAGCAAACUUUAAUGAAAUAAGCAAAAAAAAUUUGCGUUGUGUGGAAAAUACUGGUGGAAAAUUUAUAAAUUUUUGUUUCAAGUGGCAUAUUCAUGCCUUGCCUACGUGAGCAGACAAAUUAUGCAAAUUUGCGAAAAGACAGCCACCCGAAAUAGUAAAAAGAAAUAGUUGAUCUCAUAUAAGUGUGAUUAAAGAAAUAAUAAUAAUAAUAAUAAUUGCGUAAUUUACGGGUGCGUAUUUGUUUUUUUUUUUCAAAAUAUUUCAGUAUUUGACUCAAAUAAAGGUUUGUGAGUGUAAAGUGAUUUUGUCUGCGCCCCUUGUAUGGUCAGAGUUAUGAAAGUGCCACCACGCUAUCGAAACAAAAGAAACCCGAAAUAUACAUUCGACGCAUUCAAAAGUUCUCAUACAAAGUACGAGAUCGUCGCACUGGCGAAGGAUCGUAAUCUCAAGUCGAAAUUAAAGAAAUUACAAAUCUAUUUUAUGUUUAAUAAUCUAUGUAAACGGAAACCAAUAGAUUUCGUGGAACAAUUGACAAUAUUAUUGGCGCUCAAAACACAAAAGACUACCUUGGCCAUUAGUGAACGUAGUUUCGUGAGUGUUGUUAAAUCGAUCAAAUUAAGUGUUGGUUUAAGAACUUAAAGUCGAACAAGACAAGUGAAAAUUGGUGUAUAUAUACGACAUAUUUAUAUUUACUGCUGUAACUGCUGUAUUCCCUUACCAAGGUCGCUGGCUCAUCAGAAAAUCAACUCGCAAACAGGCCAAAUAAACUACAAAAAUGGUGGGCGUAGCUACAGGCUCUAGCGAGCACAGCAUGUCGUCGACGAAGAAUCCCAUGAUCAAGUAUAUGUUGAAGUCACGCGAGAAUCAUGCACUUAAUCAGAAACACGACUACUCCCAUGUCUUUCGUCGCAAGACACGUUUCGAAAUGUUUCGACUCGCCGUCAUAGCAAUGGCCAUUGAGUUCGCUUAUGCCGCCGAAACGUCGUUCGUAUCGCCGAUUCUGUUGCAGAUAGGCAUUGAUCACAAACUAAUGACCAUGGCUUGGGGUGUUUCUCCGAUAAUCGGUUUCUUUAUUUCACCGCUAUUGGGUUCGAUAAGUGAUCGUUGUACGCUUAAUUGGGGAAGACGUCGGCCGAUUAUUACUUUUCUCUCCGUGGGUAUAUUACUCGGUUUGAUACUGGUACCGUACGGAAAGGACCUUGGCAUAUUAUUCGGUGAUAUCGGCUAUAAUAUGACAAGUGUAAAUUCAAGUGCCAUGAAUGAUGCAGUUGCGGCUGCCUUGCAAUCAACUGAAGUGGACAAUGCAGAGGGACCAAUACCGUCCAAUUUCAAAUUUGCCGCAAUAUUGACCAUUAUAGGUAUGGUAAUGUUGGAUUUGAAUGCAGAUACGUGUCAGACACCAGCUCGUACGUACAUGCUGGACGUUUGUAUACCCGAGGAUCAAGCUCGUGGCCUCACCACCUUUUCACUGCUGGCGGGAUUCGGUGGUACCAUUGGCUAUGCUAUCGGCGGUAUCGACUGGGAGAAGACGCAAUUUGGUGUUGCACUGGGUGGUAAUAUUAAAACAGUUUUCGGUAUGGUAACCAUUAUAUUCAUCAUUUGUUACUUUGUGACCAUUACGACGUUCCGUGAGAUCCCGCUAAAGUUAAUCGAGCGUGACGAAAUGUUGAGACCACUUUCGGCGGCAGCUAUUAAGAAGGAACUCAGUAAAAAGAACAAUGCUGUCUACUACAUUAAAGAGACUGAUGCGCUGGAGCUAGAAACUGCUACAGAAGAGAAAAAUUAUGACACAAUAGCGCCAAUGGAAAGCUAUCAAAACGGUUAUUCACCAUCUAUGGAUGGUUCAGAUAAAGCAAACGAACCAUCACAAUCGAAUAACGCACACAACAAUAGCACCAUGGCUGUUGAACUCGAUGACUGCGUGGAUACAGCAAUCACUUUGGCUAAGUACUUGAAGAGUAUUUUUGUCAUGCCGAAGUCAAUGCGAAUACUCGCUUUAACGAACCUGCUCUGCUGGAUGGGACAUGUCACGUAUUGCUUGUACUUUACGGACUUUGUGGGCGAAGCAGUAUUCAAUGGUGAUCCAACAGCUCUGCCCGGUACUGAAGCAGCGCAGUUAUAUGAGGCUGGCGUGCGGUUUGGCUGCUGGGGCAUGUCGGUGUAUGCUCUAUCCUGCUCCAUUUACUCAAUUACAGUAACAAAGCUAAGGAAGUUAUUCGGUACCAAGGUUGUCUAUAUCACAGGCAUUCUGUAUUACGGUAUCGGCAUGUUGGUAUUGGCCAUUUGGCCAACCAAGUGGGGUGUAAUCGUCUUCAGCACCUCGGCCGGCAUUCUAUACGGCACAAUUUUCACAAUACCAUACAUUUUGGUGGCCAAUUAUCAUGCCAAAGAUUGUUUCCGCAUGCAUAAUGGUGAAUCGGUACCGCUUAAGCAAGCGCGCGGCUUAGGCACAGACGUGGCCAUCAUUAGCAGUAUGGUAUUCAUAGCGCAACUGGUAAUCUCACUGUCGAUAGGUCCACUGAUUUCAUGGAUGCAAACAACAUGUGCUAUUUUAUAUGCGUCCACGUUUUUAGCAGUAUUGGCAGCAAUAUCAGCCAUGUUUGUCUUAUAUGUUUAAGAUUUAAAUGUAUCAUUGUAUAGAUUAGAUACCAAAAAUUACUCCUGUCCCGUGAAAUUAUUUAGGUUAAAAUAAUACAUACUUAUAAAUUUAUGCGAAUUAAAUAACUUUGAAACAUU